AUGGUGGAGCUUGAGCGCCAGGGUGUCACAACUUUCAAGAUGGACGUGUCUGAUAUAGAUAGCGUCGUAAAGGGAAAGCAGUUCAUAAUGAGAGAGACCGAUGGUUAUUUGGAUGUAUUAUUCAAUAAUGCUGGCCAAUCUUGUACAUUUCCCGCCAUAGACGUAACCGACGAGCAGUUUAAACAAUGCUUCGAAGUUAAUGUGUUUGGCCCGAUUCGCUUGACAAGGGAGUUGGCACCGCUUUUGAUCAAUGCGAAAGGAACUGUUGGCUUCACGGGCUCCGUCAGUGGCUUGAUACCUUUUCCAUUUUCUUCCAUUUACUCGUCCACUAAAAGUGCCAUUCAUCAAUUUGCUGCCGUUUUGAGACUCGAAUUGAAACCUUUUGAUGUGAAAGUUAUAAAUAUUGUUACUGGAGGGGUAAAAACGGCGAUUCAGGAUACCAGGCCUCUACCGGAAUCAUCCAUCUACAACGUGCCCGGUAUCGAUGAGUCGUUGGAAGAAAGAAGAGCCAUGGCUGUGAAGAACAAGCCAAUGGAACCUGAAGUUUACGCAAAAAAGGUUGUCAACGACUUUGAGAAUGCGACAUGCGAUGGAAGACUCAAUGUUUACAGAGGGCACAUGGCAACGUUCUUGGGUUAUUUAUUGUGUUGGUGCCCCAGAUUCAUUGUUGAGAGAGCUCUUAUCAGGAAGUUUCGCUUUGUGGGGAUCUUCAGCUUUUUGAAAGAGAAGUAUUCUUAA